ACUGUGUUACCUUCAUCACAAUGCUCAAAUGUUUUGCGGCCUAAAAUGUCUCUUUUGAUAGUAAAGGUUGCUGACCCCUGCUGUAGACCAAUAAAUAAAACACAUUAAUCACAGGGUCUGCUGACAUUUGGCUGAGAGAAUAACAAGAUGAUUAUUUCCAACCCAAAUGCCCCUGAAUGCAUUUUGAUUGAAUAAAAUCUAAUAAAAAUGGUGUAAAACAUCAUUAUCCAUAUGCACACUAGAGGUCGCCCUUGUCCUUUGCUCUGCACACACUCUGCAGGGUGAGAGGUCGAAGUGGAGAGGUCUCUCUCUCUCUCUGGAAUUUGACAACCAGUAGAUGUGAAACACUUGCUCCUCCUUGCAUGUCAGCAUCCUCGACUCGAGGCACACAAGAUAGCCUUUAGCUAAUCUCCAAAAACAAAGGACUAACACGUCGAGCUGCUCGUCUGUUUCUCCAGUAAACCCACAGCAGCAACUACAUCUGAGGAUCUCUGAAGUUUGUGCAGGUCCCUGGAUGCCCCACGGCGCACCGUCCUCGGCCGCGCAGUGCUUCCAAAUGGCCGGGAGUUGACCCCACCCACCAGGAUGACGCUGCGCGAGCAGCUGAGAGAGAAGAUCUCGGCGGCUUUCUACCGCCACGGGCUGCUAUGUGCCUCCUACCCAGUACCCAUCAUCCUCUUCACCUCCGCCAGCAUCCUCACCUGCUGCUAUCCGUUAUUGAGGCUUCCCCUGCCUGGGACGGGUCCUGUGGAGUUCACCACAGGGGUGCGAGACUACAGCGUCCCUUCCCAUGAGCCUCAGGGAGACCUCGGAGAACGGCCCGACUGGUACCGGGGUCCUCCGGUUGCCUACAUCCAGCAGGUGUUGGUGAAGGCGGCGGUGUCUCCGUGGGACAGCAGCCUGGUGCCGGUGGACGUGUUUCGGUCGCCGCUGGGUCGAGCUUUCAGCCUGCUGGAGGAGAUCCGCAACCACGUCCACUCUGACAGCUCUGGGGUUCGCAGUCUGGAGACGCUGUGUCUCCAGGUGACAGACCUGUUUCCAGGGUUACGGCGGAUGCAGUCGGUGCUGCCAGAGCACGGCUGCCUGCUCGUUUCUCCCGGCAACUACUGGCAGAACCAGCGGGAGCUGUUUGACUCUGACCCCGACCUCCUCAAGACCAUUCAGAAACAUGAGCCGAAAGGCCUGCACACCUCAGCCACGCUGCGAGACCUGCUGUUUGGCGUCCCUGGAAAGUACACUGGGGUCAGUCACUACAACAGGAAGAGGGUGGUGACAUACACAAUCACUGUAGUGCUGUCCAGCUAUGAUGCAAGGUUCCUGGGCAGCAUGCGGGCCCGACUAAAGCAGCUCCACCCGUCAGCCAACUGCAGCCUGAGAGACGACCACAUGGUUCACGUCCACUUCAAAGAGGAGAUCGGCAUCGCUGAGCUCAUCCCCCUCGUCACCACAUACAUCAUCCUUUUUGCCUACAUCUACUUCUCCACACGUAAGAUUGACAUGGUGAAGUCUAAAUGGGGUCUGGCUCUGGCUGCUGUGGUCACAGUCCUCAGCUCUCUGCUCAUGUCUGUGGGACUGUGCACGCUGUUUGGACUGACACCCACGCUCAAUGGAGGGGAGAUUUUUCCUUACCUGGUGGUGGUGAUCGGCCUGGAGAACGUCUUGGUCCUAACCAAGUCUGUGGUAUCAACCCCCGUCGACCUCGAGGUCAAACUCCGCAUUGCUCAGGGCCUUAGUAAUGAGAGCUGGUCUAUCAUGAAGAACAUGGCCACUGAACUGUGCAUCAUCCUCAUUGGAUAUUUCACUCUGGUGCCAGCUAUCCAGGAGUUCUGUCUGUUUGCUGUGGUUGGCCUGGUGUCUGACUUCUUCCUGCAGAUGUUCUUCUUCACCACAGUGCUGUCUAUAGACAUCCGGCGCAUGGAGCUGGCUGAUUUGAACCGCCGCCUGCCAGCCGAAGCAGGACUACCGCCACCAAAGCCCGGCCUGCUGCGUCCACGCGAGGUCCCCCCUCCCCCACGGCCCUCCCCCCACACAAUCACCCUGCAGACCCCGGCCUUCAGGAACCUGAGGCUUCCCAAGAGGCUGCGUGUGGUGUACUUCCUGGCCCGCACGCGCCUGGCUCAGCGCAUCAUCAUGGUUGGCACGGUGAUCUGGAUCGGCAUCCUUGUCUACACCGACCCAGCUGGAAUACGCACCUACCUUGCAGCACAGGUGUCUGAGCAAAGCCCCCUGGGAGAUCCCGGAGGAGGCGGUCUGCCCCCUCACCUCGGGGUGGCCCCCGUCUUCCGUGGAGGAGAUCCUACCAGCACCCUCAGCAUCCACCCCCCACCAGAUCCAACACCCUUACCUGAGAACCAGUCACAGGGACACCAUGGCUCCGCCAGGGCGGGGCCCCUCCCCCAGGCCCCACCCCCCGCUGUACCCCAGAUCACCUGGGGAGCAGAGGAUGAGGAGGGCUGGAGGAGGCUCUCCUUCAGGCACUGGCCAUCGCUCUUCAGCUACUACAACAUCACUUUAGCCAAGAGGUACAUCAGCAUCCUGCCUGUCAUACCCGUCACCGUUCACCUGAGCCCCCAGGAGGCCAUUGAGACACGUCACCCUCAGGACACGAGACACCCCCCUCCAUCCAUUCCCAAGGUCUCUGCAGAUCUACAGACGGACCUCACCCUCUACAAGGUGGCAGCUCUGGGCCUGGCGGCGGGCGUCCUGCUGGUUCUGCUGCUAUUCUGUCUCUACCGAGUGCUCUGUCCACGUAACUACGGCCAGAACGGUGUCUCCCACGGGCGCCGGCGCCGAGGGGACCUGCCCUGUGACGAUUACGGCUACUCGCCACCGGUCAGCGAGAUCUCACCGCUGCUGCUGAGGGGCCAUAGUAUGGACAUCGAGUGUUUGGCCAGUGACGGGAUGCUGCUGGCUAGCUGUUGCCUGGCAGGACAGAUUCGGGUUUGGGACGCCCAGACUGGUGACUGUUUGACCGUCAUCCCAAGCCACGGGCUCAGACGGAGCAGCAGCAGUGGCUGCUGGGAGCAGCGGGAUGGCUGGGACAACGUUAGCGGACCCGCAGACUCAGAUUGUUUAGGCUCUGAAGCCUACGGCCCCUCCAUCACAGGUGAUGGCCUAUCAGAGGAAGACGGCUACCCGCUGAGACGCCGCACCGCUCCCACGCGGCCAACGCUAUUCAACGACCAGCCCGAUCUCACCCCUCUCAUUGACACUAACUUUGCCUCCCAGCCCCCCUCCCACCUCUGCACCCCACCCAGGGAAGGCUUUGACUUUGGAGGUUUGGUGGAGCGUGCCUACACAGAGCACGAACCCCCCUCACCCUCCGCCUACCCCUCUCCUUCCUCAGCUUCCUCCUCGCCGCCUUCAGGAGUUCAGCUCCAGAGAAGACCCAGCUUAGGGGAUGCAGCCGCCUUCUUAACCCAAGAUAGAGCCUCCACAGCGGCGACGCAGGCGACCGCAGACUGGGAAAGCUCUGUCUGGGCCAUGGAGCUGAGAGGAAAUCUAAUAGCUGCUGGGAGGAGCAGCGGUAAACUGGAGUUGUGGGAUGCAGUGGAAGGGUCGUUACGCUGCAUUAAUGAAGACGGAGUCUCUGGGAUCACAGCUCUAGCCUUCCUCAACAACAGAAUCGUAGCGGCUCGGCUGAACGGGUCUCUAGAUUUCUUCACUGUUGAGAUACACAAACCUCUGGGUCUGCUGCAGUACAGAGGUGCACCUGGGCGAGGCAGCAUGCCUCCCUCUCCCUGUUACAGCAGCGAAGAUGUGAUCAGCUGCCAGCUCACACGCUCGGUACAGUGUGCUCACCAGAAGCCGAUCACGGUGCUGCGAGCGGCCGCCGGGAGGGUCGUCACCGGUAGCCAGGACCACACUGUCCGGGUUUAUCGUCUAGAGGACUCGUGUUGCCUCUUCACCCUGCAGGGUCACUCUGGAGGGAUCACAGCCAUCUACAUAGACCAGACGAUGGUCCUGGCGAGCGGCGGGCAAGACGGCGCCAUCUGCCUGUGGGACGUCCUGACAGGGAGUCGUGUCAGCCAUGUUUACGGUCACCGUGGCGACGUCACCUCACUGGUCUGCACCACCUCUUGUGUCAUCAGCUCGGGACUGGAUGACCUCAUCUGUAUUUGGGACCGAAGCACCGGGAUCAAGCUCUACUCCAUACAGCAGGAGGUGGGUUGCGGGGCCAGUCUGGGAGUGAUCUCCGAGUCUCUCCUGGUGACGGGGGGUCAGGGCUGCGUCUCAUUCUGGGACCUGAACUUCGGCGACCUGCUGCAGACGGUGUACCUGGGCCAGAGCAGCGACGGCCAGGGCGUCCGGCAGCUGCUGGUGCUCGACAACGCCGCCAUCAUCUGUGACUUUGGCAGCGAGCUCAGCCUGGUGUACGUGCCCUCUGUGCUGGAGAAACUAGACUGAGGAGAAACGGCAGUCGUUGGUGUUGGUGGGAACAAAAAAAACAUGCACUCAGAACAUCCUUUUUUCCCCUUCAUCAUUUCGACUUUCCCUGUUUUUUUUUUGCUUUCUUUUGUUGUUUCUGACACCCAAAGGAGACGUGAUCAUAAGACUGCUUUCCAUGUGCAUACAAGGCUCCUUUUUUUAUGUUUUAAGUACAAGCCUGGAUGUAAUGAGAUAAAAAAGCUGAGGACUGAUUGUGCAACCUGCUGCAUUAUAUCGGAGGGGGGUGACAGACCCUUGAUUCUGAAUUAUUGACAUUUACAAGGGUCACGAGGUCCGUUCAAGAAAAGCUGGAUGUUUCUCACUUAAAGAGGAUCCACCAGUCACCAGUUUGUGCUUUUUUUUAUGCGUGUUUGUUUUGUGGCUCUGCCCUCUAUGCUGCUUAUACGGGUGGGGCUUCACUGUGACCCCACCCGCCCAGAGGAAGAUAAAACUGUCUCCUUAUUUUUUAAAUAUUCCUGCUGCCUCUUUUGCUUGACGGCAAAGUGCAGCCACGGCGAGCUCUACGGCCUGUUCGGAUGAGCUGCGCAGUUAUAAAUGUGUGUGUGUGUGUGUGUGUGUUGGAGACUGAAUGAAUCUAGGCCCUUUUUAUGGCAAAACACUGCUGAGAACAAAAAAUUAUUGUGUGAAGUAUGUGUGUGAGGGAGAACUGAUGAUUACUGUAUAAAGUAAACCUCUAUAGGAGGCUGUUUUUAUAUGUAUAAAUCUAUUAUUUAUUAGCGAUACAUUUUUUUGGAUAACAGUUUGUUUAUGAAUGGCUAAUCCCGGUUCUUAAACGAGAAUAUUACAAUGUGGAAAUAAUGACAUAAAUGUAAGAUGGUGAUUAUUUGUUUGGCGGGGGUUGGGGAGUCGGUUAUAAAAACGAUUAUUUGUAAUGUUGAACUGGAAACACUGAAGUGUUUGUUGUGAUGGAGUUUGGGGGCUGUAGCAAAAAAAGGUUUUCGCCCCGCCUCGGCCUCUGAUUCUGGGGUUACUGAUGCUGUACGAGGGGCCCCUGCCUGCGUGCUACACAUUCAUCAGGCUACCUCCAUUUUCUAAACUGCUUGAAUUUUGGAUGAGAAUACUGACUUUGUGUUUACAUAGGCUGUCCUAUUUUUUCUUUUUUUUAUAAAUUGUGCCCUUUAGAGAUUUUUUUUUUUUUACUGUAACUGGUUCAACUUUUUUUUCAAUCCUGGAGAUUUUCAUUUUGGCCACAAAUAAUAAUAACAAAGCUUACUUCCAGUACAUCUUGUUGCCAUGUUGCUGAUGCAAACUUCACUGGAGUUUGUCUUAAAACCUGUCUGCUGCUUUCUGCUGCCAGUCAGUGAAAAUAUGAAAAAAUUGGCAGUUAAUAUAUCCUAACCUCUUUUCAAAACGUGGCUGUUUUAUGCCCCUAUAAGCUACUAAUACAUAACAAUAUAUACACAGAUGCUCUCGUUGUGGGUAUGUUUUUUAGACUAUUUGAGAGAAAUAUCACUUUUGCCAAAUUAAGUAAUGGAAUUGUUUAGAGCUGGCUGGUGAUUAAUUCAUUAUCCUAAAAUCUGAAACUGUUUAGGACCUGAUGUAUUUACAUUUAAACAUUUCUUUGACUCUUAAAAAAUUACUUUGACAGGUACACACAACCCAAAAGGUCUGUCAUAUCAUGUCAGCACACUGUGCUCCCGCAAUCAUUUCUUAUUCACCGUUACCGCUACUGUGCAAAGUUUUGAUUAAUCAUAGAUCUUCAUGAGGCGGAAAACAUUUCCACAAGCUUCACAUUAUAUACAUUACUCCAAACGCGGUUUUAUACGUGGAAACUCUGUCACGGGUGACAUUAUUGGAGGGUGAAAGCAAUAUGUAUACAUCAUGCGACGCUCGUGGAAAUGCUUUGCACCUGAUAAAGAUCUAUGUUUGAUUGAAAUGUAGCACAGGAACAGUGUGCUGAUUGAUUUUUUUUUAGGCUUCAAACUCUGAUAUAAAUGACAUUGGUUGGUUUAAAAUGAAUUGGGCAGAUCUAAAGAAUAUACUGGGAUUGUACUGUAUAAUUGAUUAAUUUGGUAGGAUGGUUAAAAAGCCAACACUAGUGUUUCACCUUUUCAUAGGUUUAACAAACAAUACGAUAAUUUUCUCAUUAAGCUAUUACAUUUUUUAUAAUCUCCACUGACCAUUUCUGCAUGAAAUAUUAAUUUGCUGACCCUCACAAUCAGAUGUAUGAUGAAAUGAUUAAUUACAAUUAACUGCCACUAGUCUGUACCCAAAAUCUAUUACAUUAUUUGAUAAAGUAAUAAAAGUAGCAAUCAAUUGUGGGACAUAUAACCCCUUGUUUGGCUCUCUAGUCAGCGCUUGAACUUUAACUUUAACUGCUGAAAGAAUGUAGUCCUUCAGGUUUAAAAGGCUUGUACCCGACACCAACAACACACAGAAUGUAUUUUCUCCAGAUCAUCCACCAUCUACUGUAUCUCUAUCAUCUACUGAAUGUAGUCCCAGAAAGAGUGAAGAACAAAUCCGUUAAAAAAAAAUAAACUACUAAGGACUACGACUAAAUAUCCUUCACAGUAUCGCAUCGCAACACUAAUUCAAUGCACUUCUUCUAACCCUCUCUGUCGCACAUGCUCCCACACGUUAAGCACGUGUGGACUUUAGCUAGACUUGCAGCACGAGUAGUAAACACGUACACAUUGUCGAGGUCACGGAGUUACAGGUGUGGUUUAACUGGGAUGCAGAGACCAAGUAGUUCCCGUUGUAAACAAAACAAGCAGCUGAUGAUCUUCAUUGAUAUUAUUUACUUGCAUCCCUCAGAAGCCAGACUUGUGACCUGACCCUGUAACCUGUUAAUUUAUUAGCUUUGUGUUUUCUGUUGUUAACUGUAGUUUGAGAAGCUUUAGAAAUGGUAAAAUGUUUGUUUUUUUGAUACUUCUGUUUUCUAACAAUGUGAAUUUGAUUUAAAGCAAAAGUUGGACGUUUUGGGAAAUAUGCUUAUUUGCUUUCUGGGAGAGAGUUAAAUGAGAAGAUGGAUACCAAUCUGUUUUAAUAUUAAGAGGUUACUUGCAGCUACCAGUCGCUUAGCUUAGCAAUAAGACAGAAGGCAGGAGAAACGGCUAACCCGACUGUCAGAUGGUUACAGAAUCCACAAACCAGCAACUUCAAAGCUCGCUAAUUAACACAUUUAUCUUUUGUUUCAUCGAUCUGUACAAAACAGUGAAUUGU